AUGUGGCACGAGACCUAUGAUGAAAUGAUGAAGAUAAUCAUCUCUAUGUUCAGGCUCGAUAAAUAUAGGCCCAAGACCAUGGAACAGAGUAAUGUUGAGAAUGAUGUCGAGUUUGAAUUUCAUAUUUAUUUUGAUGACGCUUUCAAGAAUGUUGAUAAUAGAAGACAUGCAAAUGAGUAUGCUGAAAUUCUUGUGGAUGUAAUUAAAGAAGUAUACAUCAUUUUCAGUGAAGAGGAUCCAUGCAUGUUCAAGCCGAAGGCAGCACCACCACCCCAGAAGAUCAUAAACACCCCUUAUGGGGGUCGGCUGGAAUACACCCUCCCUAAAGGCAAUUUGAUGAUGGUUCACCUCAAAGACAAGACACUAAUCCGUCACAAAAAAAGAUGGUCUCAGAUAAUGUACAUGUAUUACAUUCUUGGCUGGAGACUUAACAGACAGUACUUCAAAGAGUUUGAGGAAAGUAAAGAACUGGAUACCCUCAAGAAGAGACUGAAGAAAGAGAGUGAGAAUACAUAUGUCUUGGCCCUGGAUGGGGAUACUGAUUUCCAGCCAGCUGCAGUCAUGCUGCUAAUUGACAGACUUAAACUCUACCCAGAGGUUGGGGCUGCCUGUGGCAGGAUUCAUCCAACAGGCACAGGGCCCAUGGUGUGGUAUCAGAAGUUUGAAUAUGCGGUAGGCCACUGGCUACAAAAGACUGCAGAGCACGUGUUCGGCUGUGUACUGUGCAGCCCUGGAUGUUUCAGUCUUUUCAGAGGAGCUGCACUCAUGGACGACAACGUCAUGAAGAGAUACACAACCAAAGCCACUGAAGCCAGCCACCACGUCCAGUAUGAUCAAGGUGAGGACCGCUGGUUGUGCACUCUGAUGCUGCAGCAGGGGUGGAGGGUGGAGUACAAUGCAGCGUCUGAUGCCUACACCAACGCUCCACAGGAUUUUAAAGAGUUCUACAAUCAGCGCAGACGCUGGGGACCCUCUACCAUGGCCAACACCAUCGACCUCUUGGGCUCAGGAGAACUGACCUCUCAGAAGAACAGCUCUAUCUCAAAACCUUACAUCUUGUACCAGAUUAUCAGCAUGGCAGCUUCCAUCCUGGGCCCUGCCACUGUCUGUCUCAUGAUAUCGGGAAGCUUUGUGUUCAUCUUUAAGAUGGAUAAAAAUGUAGCCCUCGUUUUGGCCAUAGCGCCCCCUACUAUCUACCUCAUCUUGUGCUUCAAAUUGAAAUCUGACACACAGAUUACAGUUGCAGCAAUCAUGAGUACACUCUAUGCAUUUAUCAUGGCGGGAACAAUUCUCUCAAUCAUAGGUGAUUUAGUGAGGCAACAGACUUUUCUGACCCCCAGUGGUCUGUUCAUCAUCAGCAUGGUGGCUUUGUACAUCAUCACAGCAGCUUUACACCCUCAGGAGUUCUCACUGGUCGUCUAUGGAUUAUUAUAUUUCAUCUGCAUUCCCAGUGGGUAUCUACUCUUAAUCAUUUACUCCAUAGUCAACAUGAACAAUGUCUCGUGGGGCACUCGUGAAUCCGGUGGCCAGGCUAAAACUACAGCAGUCGAUACCAUCAAGAAGAAGAUAAUGAAUGCCACAUGCUGCAAAUGUCCAUGCUUGAAAACUGAAGAGCAGAGUGAGGAGAUAAUACCAGCAGAAACCAUACCGCAAAGGGAAACCACACCACAAAGGGAAACCACACCACAAAGGGAAACCACACCACAAAGAUAUGAUGAAAUGGAUUUCUGGGAAGAACUGCGGAAGAAAUAUCUGGAACCUCUCAAAGAGAAUAAAGAACAACAGGAAAAAAUUGCCAAUGAUCUGAAAGAACUACGAAAUAGGGCCGUGAUAGAAACUAUCACUCAGUCCAGAGUCCCCUCUACAAGGCAGGCUUAUGCGCUGAGAUGGGGUCUGUUCGUCGACUGGUGUUCCUCUCGCGGGGAGGACCCACAGAGAUCGUACCACGAUGCAGUGGAUGGAACAUCCCUAGGUAAGCACCAACUCAUCGUGAGGUUCCUGAGGGGUGCGAGAAGGGUUAAUCCCCCCAGGCCGCACCCCAUACCCUCUUGGGACCUCUCCGUCGCCCUCCAGGGCCUGCGGGAGGCCCCAUUUGAGCCACUUGCAAUCUACACAGUAAUCCAUUUUGUGGCAUAUUCUGACACAGAAUUUAAAUCUUAUAGGAAGAAGUCACGACGGGUUGUACAGACCCCGCACUCAAACCAUCAACAGGAGACACAGCCAGACAGCCACCACCAAACAAUGCCCUGA